UGCGCUGAAUCCUGAUCUCGUCUUUCGGUCGGUGUAACAGUAACUUUCUCAGAAGUCUCUUUCAGAUUUUUGUUUCCGGUACAAUUGAGCAUGCUCAGUAUGAACAAAGGACGCUCGUUUCUGUUUUCUGCCGCUGUACGGUGCAGUUUCUCCUUCUCUCCAUUGUUUGCAAAGACAAAUCUGUGAAUGCAACCGUUGAUUUCAAACGGACGACUUGCCCGGCCGCUUUCUUUCAGUCAGAGACGGAACCUAAUUGCCCGGGCCAGAAAGAAAGUGGCGCAUGUUUCGAGACGUUCUGAGAAGCCUAACUGGGACUACCAUGCAGAAAUACAGGCGUUUAACCACCGGUUACAUGAGAAGUUUUCAUUGGACAUCCUCAAAACUGCUUUUGUUAAUAGUUGUUACAUUAAAUGUGAAGAGGCCAGACGGCAAGAACUGGGAGUAGAAAAAGAAGCAGUUACUCUUAAUCUCAAGGACAACCAUGAACUUUCUCUGCAGGGGGCCUCUUUUGCACAUUCCUACCUCAAACAGUGCUUUGAAGAGGCAUACCCAAAACUGCCACCUGCAGGCAUUGAGGCUCUUGUUGACUAUCUUACUAGUGAAGAAUUGGUGUCUUAUAUAGCCAGGAACCUGUCUCUGCAGGACUUGACACUCUGUGCAGAAUUUCCUGAGCCGCCUAAUGUGCUUCAGCAGACUUUCUUUGCUGUAAUAGGAGCAUUGCUUCAAAGCAGUGGGCCACUGAGAACAGAGAUCUUUGUCAGGGACUUUUUCAUUCCUCAACUGAUAGGAAAAGAUCUGUUUGAGAUAUGGAAUAUUGUAAACCCUAUGGGCUUGCUGAUGGAGGAAUUGACCAAGAGGAAUAUAUCUGCUCCAGAACCGAGACUAAUCAGACAAUCGGGAGUCAGCACUGCGUUGCCUGUCUACUUCGUUGGGUUAUAUUGUGAUAAGAAGCUUUUGGCUGAAGGUACUGGCGAAACAAUAUUGGCUGCUGAAGAAGAAGCUGCCCGUGUAGCCUUGCGGAAACUUUAUGAGUUCACUGAGAACAGGCGACCUUGGGAUUAUUCUUUAAAAGAGAAGCAGAGAGCAGAAAAUGCUAUUAGUAGCAGUUAGGCAGAAAUGGUCAUUCCUUCUGUGUACAAAAACUCUGUUCCAAGUAAUGAUGCAUUUCAUGAAGCAACAUUUAAUGAGUGAAUUACUGUGAAAUGUGGAUUCUGAAAACACAUUUACACACUUCCUCAACUGCAAAUAAAUCUCUUGCUGGUAAAAA